UCGCGCCGGGGCUGAGCGCCGAGCCAGGCGGGCCGCGCGCCACCAUGCUGGGCCUGGACGCGUGCGAGCUGGGGGCGCAGCUGCUGGAACUGCUCCGCCUGGCGCUGUGCGCCCGAGUCCUCCUGGCCGACAAAGAGGGUGGGCAGCCACUGCGGGAUGAGGUGCUGGACGAGGCUGUGCCCGAGUACCGGGCACCGGGGAAGAAGAGCGUCCUGGAGAUCCAGCAGCUGGACCCGCAUGACGAGAGCCUGGCCAAGUACAAGCGCGUGCUGCUCGGACCCCUGCUGCCUGUCGUGGACUCAAGCCUGCCCAACGUGCGGGUGAUGAGACUGACGCUGAUGUCUGAGCAGGCUCCGGGGCCCAUCACCAUGGACCUCACAGGGGAUCUGGCUGCAUUGGAAAACCAGGUGUUUGUCCUGAAGGAAGGAGUUGAUUACAAAGUGAAGAUCACCUUCAAGGUCCACAAGGAGAUUGUCAGUGGCCUCAAGUGUCUGCAUCACACCUACCGACGGGGCCUGAGGGUGGACAAGGCCGUCUACAUGGUGGGCAGCUAUGGCCCAAGUGCCCAGGAGUAUGAGUUUGUGACCCCGGUGGAGGAGGUACCAAGGGGCGCACUGGUGCGGGGCACCUACGUUGUCAAGUCUCUCUUCACCGAUGAUGACAGGAUGGACCACCUGUCCUGGCAGUGGGGCCUCCAUAUCUGCCAGGACUGGAAGGACUGACUCCUCCCCCCCACCUCUGGCAGUUGCUGCACAGGGACCCCCAAGCAUUCCCCAGCCCCCUCAGCGAGUGACCCGACCUCCUGCCACCCUCUGCUCUGUCCUGGACCCCUGGCUCCCUGCCUGGCACUGUGCCCUGAACAGUCCCAUUAAACGUCACCCUGUCUCAGUGC